AUGUCUGUGAAAGCAAUCCUAUCAUUGGUGGUUCUGGUGAUUCUCAUCGGAUCCCAUGAAGCCACCCCGAUCUCCGACGCUCUACGGAAGGUAGAGGACUUAUUUGUCAAGAUCUUAGGCCAAACCGAGAACGUUCUCUCCUUCGCUCGCUUCACUGACAAGUAUGGGAAAAACUAUGAAAACAAGGAGGAGAUAAAGCACCGUUUCUCGGUGUUCCAGGACAAUGUUGAUUUAAUCGGAUCCACCAACAAGAAAGGCUUAUCUUUCAAACUCGGUGUCAAUAAAUUUGCUGAUUUGACCAUCCAAGAGUUUCUAAGGAACACGUUUGAUUGUUCUCGCUUUGGCAUUUUAAAGGGCAGCCACAAUCUAACAGAAAAAAUCACAACUCCUAGUGCUAAAGACUGGAGAGAAGCUGGUAUAGUUAGCCCGGUCAAAGAUCAGGGACAAUGUGAAGCUGGCUGGGCAAUCAGCUCAGUUGGGGCUGUUGAGGCCGCUUACCGUAAGAAAUAUCGAAUCGGAGCACCCCUGUCUGAGCAACAGCUUCUAGAUUGUUCUACAAAUAACAAUGGCUGCGAUGGCGGCGCUGCUGCCAACGCCUUUCAGUACAACGUCGAGCGCAAACUCAACUAUCGUUCAUUUUACCCUUACGUAGGUACACAGGGAAAAUGCAGAUAUGAGCCUUCACUGGUUGGUAAAUUAAUCAGGAGCUACGGUGUAGGCGUUUCGAUUGAUGAAAAUAAACUGAAGCAAUGGGUCGCAUCCAUCGGGCCAGUUACCAUUGGAUUUCACGUUACAAACUCAUUCGCUUUUUACGAGGAAGGAGUCUACAGUAGUACUGAGUGUGGAAGUACUACAAAGGACUUGAACCAUUUCAUGUUGGUGGUUGGCUAUGGAGUUGAAGACGGUGUCCCAUAUUGGCUUGUACAGAACUCAUGGGGAACGGAUUGGGGCGAGAAAGGUUACAUCAAGGUGGAGAUGGGGAAGAACAUGUGUGGUGUUGCGGCAUAUGUAUCCUACCCCAUCUUGUGGUGA